UUGAAUAUUCUGAACCGGCUUGGACGGCAAAACCAAUCCGGGAAAACCCGGGCUACUUGACUUCUGCUUGAACCUCUUCCUCCACUUCCGAAAAUCGACAUGUCUUACGUCAUCUUUGGUCGCGCCAUUAAAACCGAGUACCUCACGUUGGGUACACUCUUCGCGACCGGCGGUGCCGUGUAUGCAUCCCUUGGUGGAAAGAAGGACUCUGCAUCUUCAAGCAAACCUCUCGCAGAGCGCGUAAAAGAGGCUGUACCCAUAAAUGCCGGUGAAGAGGAACAAUUGAUCAACAGCAUCAAGAACUUUAUUGCAGAAGCCGAGAAGGAGGGCGGGGGUAGCGCAUCAUUGAUUCGGGUUCUCGUAUUAAUACACAGUGCGGAGCGGCCAGUAUGUAGUUACCUUGAUGCAUGUCAGAGACAUACCAGUUGCGCAGUGACCUCUGGAAAUAGAGAUUUUUCUCGCUCUCAUCGUUACUCCCUUCGACGUCGAAGCCUAUGUCGGACUUGCUUCCUUUUCGGUUCAUAAUUACUCCCAAGCGACUGUUACAGUUAAAUUUCGCGCUCGUUGCAUUGCAACUGCCAGAUCAUCACUACAGUAGUCGUAACGUUGUGUGACUUCGUU